AUGGCCGAAUCAUCGUCAUCGCAACCACCCCCUCCAGCUGCAGCGUCAGCUCCUUCAGCUUCGCAAGAGCCCUCCUCCACCACUCCCGGCCCAACCACUGCUUCCUCUUCCGCGACCGUGAUCCCCAAACAAGAACCAGACACCGCUGAUACCUCCCUGGAUGUACCGAUCGACCAGGACAUGGAUCUAAACGCCGGAAGCAACACCACCAUGACCAACGCCAACCCCUCGGAAGACGCCGCUGCGUCAGGCAAUGCCGUCCCCGCGCCGACCUCUGUGGAUGCUCUGGCAGCGGCCGCCGCGCCAUCGAAGAAAGAAACCAGCUUGCGGGAAUUCAUGGGCAAGAUGGACGAGUAUGCGCCUAUUAUCCCCGAUGCCGUCACAGCCCACUACCUCACUCUCGCCGGUCUCCCACCACCAGGCAACGGCCCCAAUCAAACCCCGCCACACCUCGCCCGUCUCCUCGCCCUAGCGACCCAGAAAUUCAUCGCCGAUAUCGCUGCCGAUUCGUACCAGUAUGCGCGCAUCCGCGCCUCCAACAGCUCCUCCGCCAGCAACCCCAUGGGCAGUCUGAAUGCCGCGUCGGGGCUGAACAUGCCCGCCGGUGCUGCAGGUGUGGGUUCUGCGGGCGCUGCGGCCGGCGUGGGAGGUGGCGAUGCAGGCAAGGGUAAAGCGGGCACGCAUCUGGGAAUUCAGCGACCGGGUUUCGGCGGCGGUGGCUCGGGCGGUUCGGGGCAGGGGCGGACGGUACUUACGAUGGAGGAUCUGGGAAUGGCCGUGUCGGAGUAUGGUGUCAGUGUCAAGAGAGGGGAGUUUUACCGGUGA